AUGGCUAAUGAAAGCCACUUAAAAGGUCAAGCAAUUUUAGCUCCUACAAUUAAUGUCAUAGAUGAGGUGAAUGAUUACCUGACUGCAUUGAACAACAAUGAAUGCAAGACGUAUGUUGGUUCCAAUACAUGUGUUUCCGAGGGAGGUGUCAAUGCAAUUGAAGCCAUCCACACACCGGAGUUUUUAGCAAUAAUUAGGUUCUUAGGGGUUCCAAAUCAUGAAAUGAAGCUAAAGGUUGGUUGUCCUGUUAUGCAUAUUAGAAACAUUGAUCACUCACCAGGGUUUUGCAAUGGUACGUGGUUGAUAAUUACAAUACUUGGAGAAAAAGUCAUCGAGGUAAAAUUGUUAAAUUCCAAAAAUUAUGUCGAUAAGGUCGUCAUUCCAAGAAUAACGCUCACACCGUCAGAUGUCAGGUUACCAUUUAGAUUCUAA